GAAAAUUUUCGCACUGAGUGUGCAACAUCGUAGGCCUUCGGUUUCUGAGCUAUCGGUUCUUUUUCUUCUGUUUGAACACUUAGCCAACUCAAGAACAAGGUAUGUAAGACCAAUACCCUCACGAUUUAAUUUGUUGAUCUGGAUCACUCCACAGCUUCUUAGCACCAUUUCCUACCACGGUCCCAAAAUACCUAUCUGGUUUGCCCCGUAGCUGGAAGAAAAGAACAUGUACCGUUCAAAUCAUAUUUAUUCUCCCUGACUAUGGACCACACACAAAUAUACAAAACCAAUGAAUAAGGGUACUAACAUAUUCAGAUGUCUAGAUUGAACGAGUAUCAAAUUAUCGGCCGUCGUCUCCCUACCGAGAACGUGCCAGAGCCAAAGUUGUUCAGAAUGAGAAUCUUUGCUCCUAACACUGUGGUUGCCAAGUCUCGUUACUGGUACUUCUUGCAAAAGUUGUACAAGGCCAAGAAGGCUUCCGGUGAGAUUGUCUCUGUCAACGUCAUUUCCGAGAAGACCCCAACCAAGGUCAAGACCUUUGGUGUCUGGAUCAGAUACGAGUCUAGAUCUGGUAUCCACAACAUGUACAAGGAAUACAGAGACGUCACCAGAGUUGGUGCCGUUGAGACCAUGUACCAAGAUUUGGCUGCUAGACACAGAGCCAGAUUUAGAAACAUCCACAUCUUGAAGGUUGUCGAGUUGGAGAAGACCGACGACGUCAAGAGACAAUACGUUAAGCAAUUCUUGACCAAGGACUUGAAAUUCCCAUUGCCACACAGAGUCCAAAAGUCCAAGAACUUGUACCAGUACACUGCUCCAUCCACUUUUUACUGAUCUUGCUGCUCGGGGCUUUCGCUGCAUUUCGGCGCAUUUUUAGUAAUAUAUACUAAUAUAUUUUUCACUAGUAAAGUUGGCUUGAGACAAGGCAAA